CAACCAUAUGAGUCCUCAAAUUUUGUCAACAAUAAUAAGUUGCCUGCCAAGAAGCUGUCCCAUUUUGACUUCUCUUCUUCCUUGAACGAUCCGAUCAACAAAUCUCCAUUUUUAGGAGCAGGAAAUAAGCUUCCCCCCAAGCGCUCUCUUCCUUCUUCUCCUCCGAAGAUUUUCAACUCCGUAUUAGGUGAGGCAACAUGGCGGUGACCCCAACACGAAUCGGACUUGCUGGCCUAGCUGUAAUGGGGCAAAACCUUGCGCUGAACAUAGCCGAGAAAGGGUUCCCUAUCUCUGUCUACAACAGAUCAACCUCCAAAGUUGAUGAGACCGUGGAACGUGCCAAAGCAGAAGGCGAUCUUCCUCUCUAUGGUUUCCACGAUCCCGAAUCCUUUGUUAAAUCCAUCCAAAAGCCUCGUGUCAUCAUCAUCCUCGUCAAGGCCGGUUCGCCAGUUGACCAAACCAUCAAAACCCUUUCAACCUAUCUGGAGAAAGGAGACUGCAUCAUUGAUGGUGGCAAUGAGUGGUACGAGAACACAGAGAGGAGAUCCAAGGAAGCAGAAGAACUGGGCUUGCUUUAUCUUGGAAUGGGUGUUUCCGGCGGCAAAGAAGGGGCCCGGCAAGGCCCAUCGCUAAUGCCCGGCGGCUCCUUUGAAGCCUACAAACACAUUGAAGACAUCUUACUCAAAGUGGCAGCCCAAGUUCCAGACAGUGGCCCUUGUGUGACUUACAUCGGCAAGGGCGGUUCUGGAAACUUUGUUAAGAUGGUUCACAAUGGGAUUGAAUACGGCGACAUGCAAUUGAUUGCAGAAGCUUACGACGUUUUGAGAUCCGUGGGAAAGCUUUCUAAUGCCGAACUGCAUGAAGUUUUCUCAGAUUGGAACAAAGGGGAGCUGCUGAGCUUCUUGGUCGAAAUAACUGCUGAUAUAUUCGGAAUCAAGGACGACAAGGCGGAUGGGUAUUUGGUGGAUAAGGUUUUGGACAAAACGGGCAUGAAGGGUACCGGGAAGUGGACGGUUCAGCAAGCCGCCGAGCUGUCGGUUGCCGCCCCGACCAUCGCUUCUUCCUUGGACUCGCGGUUCCUCAGCGGGCUGAAGGACGAGCGGGUCGAGGCCGCCAAGAUAUUCAGAUCCGGCGGCAUCGCUGAUGUCAUCGCCGACCAGGUUGUUGUGGACAAGAAGCAGCUGAUCGACGACGUGCGCAAGGCGCUCUAUGCAUCCAAGAUAUGCAGCUAUGCCCAAGGGAUGAAUCUGAUCCGCGCGAAGAGCAUCGAGAAAGGGUGGGAUCUGAAGCUGGGCGAGCUGGCGAGGAUCUGGAAGGGCGGGUGCAUUAUCCGGGCGGUGUUUCUUGACCGGAUCAAGAAAGCCUACGACCGGAACCCGGAUCUCCGGAACCUUCUAGUGGACGAGGAGUUCGCCAAGGAGAUAAUCGAGCGGCAGCCCGCGUGGCGAAGAGUCGUUUGCCUCGCUGUCAGCUCCGGGAUUAGCAUCCCGGGCAUGUCCUCAAGUUUGGCUUACUUUGACACAUACCGGCGGGAAAGGCUUCCCGCCAAUCUGGUGCAGGCUCAGCGGGAUUACUUCGGGGCCCACACGUACGAGAGGACCGACAUGCCGGGUUCGUUCCAUACGGAGUGGUUCAAGAUUGCCAAGCAAUCAAAGAUAUGAUUUUUCUUGCACCCUCUUCUGGCAUUUGGAUGAACUGGCGGUGAUGCUUUUGUACUCUGAAUAAGGAUUCUUUGUGACCAGAAUUGUUAGAUUCAAAUACACUUGGAAUGUAUGCAAUUUAUUGAAGUUUGUUUUUAUUUUGUGAACUAUUUGUAAACCAAACCAUCUUUUUUUUUUUAAUCUCUCAUUCAAUAAAAGUAUCUCAGCUAC